GCGGAAGUGGCGGCGGUUGCCAAGGAGACCGAAGCGGGCGCGGGCCGCGGCCUGGCCGACGACGCGGGAGGAUGUUCAUUUACCUCAGCAAGAAAAUCGCCAUUCCUAACAAUGUGAGGCUAAAGUGUAUUUCCUGGAACAAAGACCAGGGAUUCAUCGCCUGCGGCGGAGAGGAUGGGCUGCUGAAAGUCUUAAAGCUAGAAACGCAGACAGAUGAUGCAAAAUUACGAGGGCUUGCGGCACCCAGCAAUCUUUCGAUGAAUCAGACUCUUGAAGGCCAUAGUGGCUCCGUUCAAGUUGUGACGUGGAAUGAACAGUAUCAGAAACUGACUACCAGUGAUCAAAAUGGACUCAUCAUUGUGUGGAUGUUGUAUAAAGGUUCUUGGUACGAGGAGAUGAUUAACAACAGAAAUAAAUCAGUUGUUCGUAGUAUGAGCUGGAAUGCUGAUGGACAGAAAAUCUGCAUUGUGUAUGAAGAUGGAGCUGUGAUUGUUGGUUCAGUUGAUGGCAAUCGCAUUUGGGGAAAAGAUUUGAAAGGUAUACAACUGUGCCAUGUAGCAUGGUCUUCGGACAGCAAAAUCCUACUCUUUGGGAUGGCAAAUGGAGAAAUACACAUCUAUGACAAUCAAGGGAAUUUUAUUAUGAGAAUGAAGCUAAAUUGCUUAGUGAAUGUCACUGGAGCGAUCAGUAUUGCUGGAAUACACUGGUAUCACGGCACAGAAGGUUACGUGGAACCGGAUUGUCCCUGCCUUGCUAUUUGCUUUGACAAUGGAAGAUGUCAGAUAAUGAGACAGGAGAAUGACCCAAAUCCCAUCUUGAUUGACACCGGGAUGUACGUCGUGCAUAUACAGUGGAACCACUGUGGAAGUGUCUUGGCUGUGGCGGGAUCCCAGAAGGCAGAAACCCAGGAUAAAGAUGUCAAUACCGUGCAGUUCUAUACUCCGUUUGGCGAGCAUUUACGAACAUUGAAGGUUCCUGGAAAACAGAUGUCAGCCCUGUCUUGGGAAGGAGGAGGAUUAAAGAUUGGGCUGGCUGUUGAUUCUUUUAUAUAUUUUGCAAAUAUUCGACCAGAUUACAAGUGGGGUUAUUGCUCCAAUACAGUAGUUUAUGCAUAUACCAGACCUGAUCGACCGGAGUAUUGUGUUGUCUUUUGGGAUACAAAAAAUAAUGAGAAAUACGUUAAGUAUGUCAAGAGUCUUAUUUCCAUUACUACCUGUGGAGAUUUUUGCAUUUUGGCAACCAAGGCUGAUGAAAAUCAACCUCAGGAGGAGCAUGAGAUGGACUCAUUUGGUGGAACGUAUGUGCUGGUUCUUUGCAAUUCUAUCGGGACCCCUCUGGAUCCUAAAUACAUUGACAUCGGACCAUUAUUUGUUACAAUGACCAAAACCCACGUGAUAGCAGCUUCCAAAGAAGCAUUUUAUACCUGGCAGUAUCGUGUGGCGAAGAAAUUGACCGCGCUGGAAAUUAAUCAAGUGGCCCGGUCCAGAAAAGAAGGGAGAGAAAGAAUUUAUCAUGUCGAUGAUACGCCUUCUGGAUCAGUGGAUGGAACGCUUGACUAUGGCAAGGCCAUACAAGGGACAAGAGAUCCAAUUUGUGCAAUAACAGCAUCUGAUAAGACGCUGAUUGUGUGUCGGGAAUCUGGCACCAUUCAAAGAUAUAGCCUUCCCAAUGUUGGCUUGAUUCAGAAAUAUGCCUUAAACUGCCGAGCUUACCAGCUGUCUUUGAAUUGUAAUUCCAGCCGCCUAGCCAUCAUAGACAUUUCUGGAGUUCUAACUUUUUUUGACUUGGAUGCCCGGGUAACAGACAGUACAGGACAACAAGUGAUCGGUGAACUACUAAAACUGGAGCGCAAAGACGUCUGGGAUAUGAAGUGGGCCAGAGAUAAUCCAGAUUUGUUUGCAAUGAUGGAAAAAACAAGAAUGUAUGUUUUCAGAAACUUGGAUCCUGAGGAACCAAUUCAAACCUCUGGUUAUAUUUGCAACUUUGAAGAUUUAGAAAUUAAGUCUGUCCUUUUGGAUGAAAUAUUAAAGAAUCCAGAGCAUCCUAACAAAGACUACAUAAUUAACUUUGAAAUCCGGUCCUUGAGAGACAGCCGAGCCUUGAUUGAGAAGGUUGGAAUUGAAGAUGCGUCCCAGUUUAUAGAAAAUAAUCCACAUCCUCGACUUUGGCGUCUACUCGCUGAAGCAGCUCUUCAGAAGCUCGACCUCAAGACCGCCGAGCAAGCCUUCGUGCGCUGCAAAGAUUACCAGGGUAUUAGGUUUGUGAAGAGCUUAGGCAACCUACAGAACGAGUCGAUGAAACAGUCUGAAGUUGCAGCCUACUUUGGAAGGUUUGAAGAAGCUGAAAGGAUGUAUUUGGAUAUGGACAGAAGAGACCUGGCUAUUGGACUCCGACUAAAGUUAGGAGACUGGUUUCGAGUACUACAGUUACUUAAAACAGGAUCUGGUGGUGCAGAUGACAGCCUCCUUGCACAAGCACAUAAUGCCAUUGGAGAUUACUUUGCUGAUAGGCAGAAAUGGUUGAAUGCUGUACAAUAUUAUGUAAAAGGUCGGAAUGAGGAGCGCUUGGCUGAAUGUUACUACAUGUUGGAAGACUAUGAAGGACUAGAGAAUCUGGCCAACUCCCUUCCUGAAAAUAACAAAUUACUCCCUGAAAUAGCACAGAUGUUCGUGAGAGUUGGGAUGUGUGAACAAGCUGUAUCUGCGUUUCUGAAAUGUAAUCAGCCAAAAGCUGCAGUAGAUACCUGUGUACACCUAAAUCAAUGGAACAAAGCUGUCGAGCUGGCUAAAAAUCACAGUAUGAAAGACAUUGGAUCGCUGCUAGCUAGAUAUGCAUCUCAUCUAUUGGAAAAGAACAAAACCCUUGAUGCCAUAGAACUCUACCGCAAGGCUAAUUAUUUUUUUGAUGCUGCUAAACUCAUGUUCAAGAUUGCAGAUGAAGAGGCAAAGAAAAGGACCAAACCUUUACGGGUGAAGAAGCUUUAUGUACUGUCAGCUUUACUAAUAGAACAGUACCAUGAGCAGAUGAAAAAUACACAAAAGGGAAAAGUUAAAGGCAAGAGUUCAGAGGCCAAUUCUGCUUUAGCUGGCUUGCUUGAGGAGGAUGUUCUGUCUUCAGCUAGUCGGUUCACAGAUAAUGCCUGGAGAGGGGCUGAGGCUUACCAUUUCUUCCUACUUGCCCAGAGACAACUGUAUGAGGGCUAUGUGGAAACAGCGUUGAAAACAGCCCUUCACCUAAGAGACUACGAAGACAUCAUCCCUGCAGUUGAAAUCUAUUCCCUGUUAGCCGUGUGCGGGUGUGCCUGCAGAGCAUUCGGCACCUGCUCUAAAGCUUUUAUAAAGCUCGAAGCCCUAGAGACCCUCAGUGCAGAACAGAAGCAGCAAUAUGAAGAUCUCGCCCUGGAAAUCUUCACCAAACACGCUCCCAAAGAUAGUCGGAAACCUGAAUUAGAAGGCCUUCUUGAAGGAGGGGAAGGAAAACUUCCAACGUGCGUGGCAACAGGAAGCCCCAUCACCGAAUAUCAGUUCUGGAUGUGCAGUGUAUGCAAGCAUUGUGUUCUGACUCAGGAAAUCAGUCAUUAUAACUUCUGUCCUCUGUGUCAUAGCCCUGUGGGGUAACUGAAGAAACCCAAGGACCCACCUGUUUCACCGUGUAAAAUAAUCAGCACAAGAGAAACUCUCUUUUUCUUCACACAGUACCCCCUUUUUUUUCUUUUAGAAUUAAUUAGGGCGAAAAAAUCAGCCAGAAUUGACAAAGAUACAAUAACCGAAGGCAUAUGCAUCAGUUGAAGCUGGUAAAUUCAGGUAGAGGUCUACAUGUAGUUACUUCUGCUUAAUAAAUAAGUUAUGAGUAAUUUACAUGGAGACAAUUUAGAAAAAAAUGGAGAGUACAAGGAUGACGAUUUGAGGGCAAUGAUUGAGGGACUGAAACAUUUGGAAAUGGUUCAGAUUUUGUUUUCAUAAUCAUAUAAGACUCUUCUUUGUCCCUGUCAUGAUGAAAAAGUUCAGGUUUCAUUUCUGUACGGUAAAAUAGGUACUCCAGAAGUGUUUGCCAGGUAAAUAUUCAGCCAUAUUUAUAAUUAGGGAUCUGGAGUUCCAGCUGGCAAGCUACGCCCCACUUUUCAUUUAAACAUCUCUUAGGCCAGUGGGGAAUGAAACUUUGUGUUUCUGUUUCAAUUCCUACUUACUAGUUUAAAAGAAGCAAAUAUGGCAGAAAUAAAAGAAUAAGUGCCGUUUCACGAGGUCAUUGGUCUCAGUGAAUUUUAUGGGAAGUUAGGUUCCUGUCUACACUCCGCCCCCGACACACCAAAUCCACUGGUAUGACAUACCCUAGUAGUAAUGGCAAUGGAAAGGUAAAUUAUUGAAUGUGCUGAGGUCUACUGGAAGGUUAGUGUGCUUAAGGAUUAUGCUGACAUCUUUCUAAAUGAUUGGAAAAUUUGACAUUGUUAAGCCCAUUUAUUGUUCUCAUUUAUAGGUACUAAAGCCACUUUGAAAAAUAAAUAUUUUUAAAUACAGAA